CAAAGAUAAUGGCUGGGAGGGAUGGCUGAAGCAUAACCUGGGAAAUGCUGGUGAGGGAGGUUUCCAUGAGUGACACCCCUUUGUAUGCAAGAGAGGUUUACAUGUGUGUCUCUUGCUAGUAAAUAGCACAAAGGACAAAUAUUCAUCCUGACAAUUAUUUUCUUAACUCCAUAAUAGUAAAAAAACAGUGGGCUUCUCACAGAUUUUGGCCUGAAAGUAGAAAAGGAGGAUAACUACCCCACAAACAGGAUAUACUAAAAAGAAGCAGCCCUUCCAUGACACUUUUUACCUGGGUCUGUGAGGAGUGAACUUCCUGUUGGGAUGGCCAUGCAGUUGUUCAUAGCUCUGUAAAUCUGCACCAGCUGGGGAAUGUUUAGCAGUGGGUGGGGUUGGUAAGAGUUUUGACCCCCACUUCUGUCUUCCUCAGAUAUGGGAGCACAGGUCUUGGUCUCAAGCUUAUCAGCAGAGAGGAGCAGCUGCUUGUGCUCACUUCUGGGUUGCCUUUGUUUCUCCUCUCAGCACUCCUGCAGGUCGGCUGGACACAGGUGGGGAGAGACACAGACCUUCCCAGCUGCAUGUUUCUUGGAGAGCACCAAGAGCUGGAAGAGCAGGAGAGGACUUUCUGCCCCGUGGCUGCUUUGGAGGGAAGAUGACAGAUGCCCAGGUGUAUUCCAGCCAGGAGAAGCCCAGCCUGUCCUUUUCAAUUGAGGAAAUCUUAAAGAAACCUUCUGCCAGCACCACCCUAUGCAGUGAAACCAGGAACAGAAGUAACUACACUGAGAGACCUCUAGCCUUAAAAGCAGGAUCACCCCUGGCCUUUGAUUCCAGCAGCAGGAGUCAGUUAGACUGUGACUUACCUUCUGCCAAAAUGCUUCUCCCUGCCACAUGUGCUGCACCUGUCGUCACAGCAAAGAAAAUGCAGGCAAUUCACUGCAGACCUACUGACAGCCCAGCAUCCCUCCUGGGUGAGGACACAGUAUGUGAACACCUGGAAGGCAAAAGAAAACACAAGGAAGAUCAGUUAUGCGAUAUCACAGUGGCCCAUCCACUUCAUGUUGAGAGGAAAGGGAAACGGAGAAUCCGGACAACGUUCACAGCUGAGCAGCUUCAAGAACUGGAGAAGAUUUUCCAAGUGACUCACUAUCCAGAUGUCCAUAUUCGCAAUCAACUGGCAGCAAAGAUAAACCUCCCAGAAGCCAGAGUUCAGAUAUGGUUCCAGAACCAGCGAGCAAAGUGGAGGAAACAUGAAAAAUUUGGCAACUUUGGUGGCCUUCAGCAUCUAACAGAGGUUGAUUUUGUUCCUGCUCCCAAGUCAGAUAUCACAGCUCCUAGCUUGAUGCCAAGAAAGCUCACUGCUACCAUCCCUGCCGUGGGAUACUACUCACCGCUGCAAGGGCAGCUGACAACUGCCUGGCUUCCCAGCACGUUCUCCUUCAUACCCCACCACUUGGAGCUUCUGCCCUUCCCAAAACCAUACUUGCUCUUCAAUGUCCUCCCCCCUUACAGCAUGCCACUACACCACAAGUUGGAAAGGAGCGGUAUCUGCGCCAGUUCCACAUAA